GUGAUUAAUGAUGUUAAAUUCCUAAUUAGGUGAACAUGGAGCCGGGAAGUCAGGUGGGCUCGUUACCAGGGGCCUCGAUAGAGUUGAAAGCGAGAAGGGCACAGUUCCAGACGCAAGCGUCUACCGUGGACACUAGGAGACGGCAGGCUGUGUGUGUUAGAAGGGCGUUCAAAAAAUAUGGAGGGAAAAAUAAUCCGAAUAUUAUUCUCGACGGUCUCAAUAUGACUGUGCCAAAGGGUGCUAUAUACGGUCUCCUGGGAGCAAGUGGUUGUGGAAAAACGACUCUUCUAUCUUGCAUAGUCGGAAGACGUCGUUUAAACUCCGGUGAAAUAUGGGUUCUGGGUGGAAAGCCCGGCUCCAAAGGCUCCGGUGUGCCCGGCCCCCGAGUUGGUUACAUGCCUCAAGAGCUUGCACUCUACGGCGAAUUCACUAUUCGCGAGACAUUUAUCUAUUUCGGUUGGAUCGCCGGCAUGAGCACCGUCCAGGUUGACGAGAAACUUGAAUUUCUGCUUCAGCUUCUGGAGCUACCCAACGAGAAUCGUUUCGUGAAGAAUCUUUCUGGUGGCCAGCAGCGUCGAGUAUCCAUUGCAGCGACACUUCUCGCUGACCCUGAGCUCCUGAUUCUCGACGAACCGACAGUCGGAGUGGACCCAGUUCUGCGUCAGAACAUCUGGGACCAUCUCGUUCAACUGACGAAGGAUGGCACGAAGACCAUCAUCAUCACGACGCACUACAUCGAUGAGACGAAACAAGCGACGACGAUAGGUCUGAUGCGGGGUGGAAAAUUCCUCGCCGAGGAGUCUCCACGGCGGCUGAUGGAGAUGCACCGCCUGGACACCCUCGAAGAGGUCUUCCUAAAGCUCAGUAGAAAACAGAACAUGGGGCUCAGACGGCGAAGCAGCAUUUUGAGUAGUGUCACAGGAGUUCCCCCGGACAUUGACGUUGACGACGAGAUGAGCGGUGAAUUCGGUGACAACGUCAGCAUAUCGAGUCGCCGGAGAAGCGUAGCGCCCCCAGUUCUCAACGAGAACCUCCCCGAGCUGCCCCCCGAGGAGGAGGGAAAGAGUAAAUUCGCUCCCCUCGAUCCGCAGCACAUGAAGGCACUCAUAUGGAAGAAUUUCCUCUGGAUGUGGAGAAACGUCGGCGUUAUGCUCUUCAUCAUAGGACUGCCUGUUAUGCAAACUAUUCUAUUCUGCUUAUCGAUCGGGCGGGAUCCCAUCGGAUUGAAACUGGCUAUUGUUAAUCACGAGUUGAAUAACAGCAGGCAGCCCUGUAUUCCGUCGACUGGUUGCGACGAGAGGAUGUACAGUUGUCGUUAUCUCAAGCAUUUGGCGGCUAGGAAGGUUGAAUAUGUCUAUUUUGAUACCGAGGCGGAGGCCAAUCAUGCUGUGGAGAAGGGACGCGCCUGGGGGUCUUUCUCAUUUCCGAGGAAUUAUACGGAUUCUAUUGUCGCGAGGAUUGCUGAGGGCAAGGAUGCCGAGAAUUGGACUGCUGUGCAUGCGGAUAUAUCCAUUGCUCUGGAUAUGUCGAAUCAACAAAUUGCUCAACUUCUGAAACGUGACAUCUACAAAUCAUUCGAGAAAUUUGCAGAGGACAUUGCCGUUGGGUGUAACUACAGUCGAAAAGCAGCGGCCAUCCCUGUCUUCUUCAAUCAGCCAAUAUACGGACCAGAGGAGCCGAAUUUCACGGACUUUGCUGCUCCCGGUAUAAUUCUGACGAUUAUUUUCUUCUUAUCUGUGGCACUGACGUCCGGUGCUAUGCUGUUGGAACGUAAUGAGGGCCUUCUGGAACGCAGUUUGGUGUCUGGUAUCACUGGUACUGAGAUACUAUUCGGACAAGUAGUGACUCAAUUUGUGGUGAUGAUAGGCCAGACUGUAAUGAUGCUCGUAUUUGUAUUUGCCAUCUUCAAAUUGACCAUUGAGGGAGAUAUUGCACUUGUCAGUAUACUGACGAUACUCUGUGGAUUAUGCGGAAUGUGCUUCGGUUUUGUAGUUGCCUGCAGUUGCGAGAACGAACGCAGUGCCACAUACAUGGCGAUGGGUUCCUUCCUCCCAAUAGUCAUGCUCUGCGGAAUAAUCUGGCCAGUGCAAGGGAUGCAUCCUGUCCUACGUGCUAUAAGUAUCAUUCUUCCAUUAACUAAAAGUACAGAGUCAAUACGAGCUAUGCUGGCAAGGGGCUGGGGCAUCAGUGAGCCAACAGUCUACGAAGGAUUCAUCUCGAUUUUCAUCUGGAUCCUCGUAUUUCAAACCAUCGCCAUACUUCUACUCAAAUUCAAGAAGGGAUAAUGAUUUCGCGUUACUGCUGCUGUAGGGAAUAUAAAUAUCCAUGACGUGUGGGCCGUUGUUGGUUGAGAGCGUAUUGAAAAUAUUCACCGGUAUAUACCUCGGGCUGUAGUCGUGUUCCAUUGAUAUCAGCCGUUACUGAAAGCUCAGUGUAAUUACAAUUCUGUGAAUUCGUACGUUUCAAGGGGGUGAAUUCAGCGCUCCUCGUUCGAUGCGUUAUUUACGAGUUAUUUAGAUAUUUAUUUUUAUUUUUUGUGUGUUACUAUUUUGGUUGUGUUGUGGUGGUCUUACGCGGAAGAAAAUACUCCUGAAUUGAGAUUUUAAUUCGAAAACUUUCUCGCCAAUUAAUUCCCCAUUUUUCAAGCUCGAAUUGAGAAUAAUUUUUUUUCGGAAAUGAAAUGAGAAAAAAUAUUAUUCGAGUUGAAAGGAGAAUUAGGCGCUAGCAAUUGGGAUAUUUUUUUUCGUGUAGAUCUCGAUUUCGUGGAUGAUGUGUGAUUAAGGACCCCGUUGUUGUUUUAAAAUUGAUGUAGGAUGAAUUCUGUGUAAUUGUUGAUGUAUAGUAGACAUUAAAAGAAACGUAUAAAUAUUGGAUAA